GUGUGCCGUCAGGUUCAGCCAAUCAGAGGCCAGAGUCGUGACGUUGUCUGAACAGUGCGUGGUGGCGUAAUGCGCAUGCGCAGUAGCUGAAGCUUCAUCCAUGCCGCCAACACGUCGAACAAACCGGCAGGUGUAACUAUGGAUUUGCUCUGUGCUCCACUGGGCUUGGGUGUAGUAGCUGGACUGGGCUGUGGGCUCUUCCUCGGUUGGCACCUCCGCUCUCGCCUCGGCCCAACAUCCAAAGCCCUGAUGACGGCCGCGGUGGGGAACGGUGCCGGUGAAGCGAGCGUGAUGGGAGAAGGAGGCGAGUUCAAGAUGAUACUAGUGGUCCGAAACGACCUGAAGAUGGGCAAAGGGAAAGUCGCUGCCCAGUGCUCCCACGCCGCCGUGUCCGCUUACAAACAGGUUCAGCGCAGGAACCCCGAGCUCCUCAAACAGUGGGAGUACUGCGGCCAGCCCAAGGUGGUGGUGAAGGCACCCGAUGAGGACACCCUGAUUGAUCUGCUGGGUCACGCCAAAGAAGUGGGACUUCCUGUCAGCCUGAUCCAGGAUGCAGGAAGGACACAAAUCGCACCCGGAUCACGCACCGUGCUGGGUAUCGGUCCAGGCCCGGCAGAUCUGAUCGACAAAGUCACCGGAGACUUGAAGCUCUAUUAGACUUCCAGCUUGCACGUGCAGGACUUGCAUACAACUUCUUUAUCGUCAAAACCGUUUGCAAUGUAAACUAAGUUGGGCCACCAUGAGUUUAUAUUUUUAUACAAUGAUUAUCAGUGACAUGUACAAGUACAUAAAUUAUUUCUGUGCAAUCUUUCGGAGCUUUUUGGAUGUAUGCAUAUCACACUAGCUGACUCUCGAAUGAUACUUCACUGUGAUAGUGGCAAAAACACCACACGCUGUUCGCGUCAGUCCUCCACGGUGCUCGGAGGAAACAGAUGAAGGUUGUAGCUCUCGACACAACUCAACCACACUGUAAAACAACAGCAGAGCUCUUCACAGCAGGAGAAUCACCCGUUACUAAUAAAAAUUAACGAUGGCUUAGCGGUUAUAGUUUGAAGCUGUGCGUUUACUGUUGUGAAAGAGGUCUAUACUCACUCUGGUCCCCAAAAUGAUCGCUUAAUAAAACACAAGACAAACCCUCAUCUCAAAAUAAAGUCUGAACAUUGAUGAU